GGCGGGCGGAGACAGCGAAGGCGGGAGCCGCCGUCGGGCGAAGGGGCCGCUGCCUGGCGGGGCAGAAGCGGACCUGGAGCGCCCGCGCGGGGAGCCAGUCCGGAGGUCGGCGGCGAGUUGCUGCUGGCUGCCUCCUGCGCUGCGGGCGGCCGCGCUCCGCCUGGUGGCCCUUGCCCGCGGUGCGUCCCCGCGCCUGGAGCGCGUCGGGCAGAGGCGUCGGUCCCGUCAGCCUUCCUGGCUGCUUUUCCUCCUUCCUGGUCACUCCUCCGGCCGGGCAGGGACGGUGCCCGGGCUGCGAGCUCGGCGGCGCCUCGGAGGACCGCCGGCGCGCGCGGGAGGAGCGCUCCCCUGGGCCCGCCAGAGCCUCGCUCCGUAUCCCGCGGUGGUGCCAAGUCGCCGGGGAGGGGAGGAAGGAGCGCCCCGCUGGCCCCUCGGCGCCCGGCUUGCUCCUCCCGGUCGGGCGUGGAAGCGCCGGUCCCAAAGGAAGGGCUUUUGCGCCGAGGACAGGCGCCGCCGGGCAGUGGUGCCGGCAUUCCGGGAAAGGCUGCCAGCAGGGAUUCCUCGGAAGAUGAAGGUCUGGUCCCGCCUCCUGCUGGCUCUGUGGCUGGGCAUCGUGGACCUCGGAAGCCCCUCUGAGCGCUGUGAUGAUUGGGGCGUGGACACCAUGAAGCACAAGCCUGUCUAUAAUGGCGAACCGACCAAAAUCAAGUGCCCGCUCUUUGAGGCCUGCCUGAAGUACAACUACAGCACUGCCCACGCGGCUGGCCUGACCCUCAUUUGGUAUUGGAUCGGGCAAGGCCGGGACCUGGAGGAGCCCAUCAACUUCCGGCUCCCCGACAGCCGCAUCAGUAAGGAGAAGGACACCCUCUGGUUCCGGCCUGCGCUUCUCAACGACACGGGGAACUACACCUGCAUGCUCAGAAACACCACCUACUGCAGUAAAGUUGCUUUCCCCCUGGAGGUUGUGAACAAAGACCCUCCCCCUCAUUCCUGUGCCAGUCAAGCUGUGGAGCCAGAAGAAGUCUUGCUAUAUUUAGACUACACCAACAUCAACCUCACCUGCCCAGAUGUGGAUGGGUUCUAUCCAGCCAACACCAAGCUGCAGGUCAAGUGGUAUAUGAACUGCAAGUUGAUGGAUCACUACACGGAGCGAUACCCCACCGGCCUCAACCUCAUCUUUGGCUUUGUGCGUGAGGCGUACAGCGCCAACUACACCUGCAUUGUGACCUACCAGGAGAAUGGCCGGGAGUUCAGCCUCACCAGGACUCGGAGGGUGAAGGUGGUGGGACCUCCAGAGAAAGCAGAACGUCCACAGAUAUCUUCUCCCAACGACCGAGUCAUCUAUGAACUCAGAGCAGGAGAAGACCUGGUUCUCCCUUGCAAAGUCUAUUUCACGUUCCUGGAGGGUCCUUCCCCUGAGGUCUGGUGGCUCAUUGAUGGAAGAAAUACCGAUGACAGCACUGACCCCAAAAUCAACGUCUCCCAACGGAUCACAACCUCAGGAACUGGAGACAUAGAAAUUGAAAGGGUUCUGACUGUGCCGAAGGUCAAAGAAGAGGAGUUGAGGCACAACUAUACCUGCUGUGCCCGUAACCUUCUGGGUGAAGUUCACAAGCAAGCCAUUGUGAAGCUGAAAGUUCCGGCACCAAGAUACACCGUGGAGCUUGCCUGUGGCUUGGGGGCGACUGUGUGUCUCGUGGUCAUCCUCACGGUGGUCUACCAUGUCUACUGGCUUGAAAUGGUCCUCUUUUACCGUGCACACUUUGGGACAGAUGAAACCAUUCUAGACGGGAAGGAGUAUGACAUUUACGUGUCCUACGCAAGGAAUGCUGAGGAAGAAGAGUUUGUGCUGCUGACGCUGAGAGGAGUCUUGGAGAACGAGUUCGGCUACAAGCUGUGCAUCUUUGACAGAGACAGCCUUCCUGGGGGAAUUGUCACCGAUGAGACUCUGAGCUUCAUCCAGAGAAGCCGCCGCCUCUUGGUUGUGCUGAGCCCCAACUAUGUUCUCCAGGGCACCCAGGCUCUGCUGGAGCUUAAGGCUGGCCUGGAGAACAUGGCCUCCAGGGGCAGCAUCAGGGUCAUCCUUGUCCAGUACAAGGCCAUCAAGAAGAGCAAGGUCAAGGAGCUCCGGCGGGCCAAGGCCGCCCUCAACGUCAUUAAGUGGAAGGGCGAGAAGUCAAGGUACCCGCGCGGAAGGUUCUGGAAGCAGCUGCAGGUGGAGAUGCCCAUCAAGAACAGAUCCUAGAGCUCAUUGAGCCCAAUCUCUCCUCCAAAAUGUCUGUGGAAGGGGGAAGCUUGGUGGGUGGAGGGAGGGAAGGUCUGGCUCUGAAUGAGGGUUUUGUGAUGAAGGGUGCUGUAUUGAGCAUUCGGGAAGCAGCUGCCUUCCCCCACUCUGGGACUUCAUCGGAGCAAAAUGUUUGCCUCCCUUGUUUUCAGGACGCAGCUUGGGCAUUUUCCUGUGUGUGACCCCCACCCCACCCACCCACACAAAGCCAACAUAGUUUCCAUCCAGUGCAGAUCUCCUUCCAGGGAGACGGGUGUAAGAGCUCUUGGGCCCGGUUGGCAUGGGAUCAUGGAGAGGUUUUUUCCAGAUUCUGAGGGCUCUGGUCAAUCCUCUGUCUUGCCAUCAAGUCUUUUGGCCUACGUCUGGGCAAACUGAGGCCUGUUCUGAACCCAGAAUUAGGAACCAGCCUCUCUACAUCCAACAGCAGUCUGUCUGUCCAGUAGUGAUCAUUUCUGCUUGCUGUUAUCCCAAAACUCACUUAGCUGGCUUGUUCCAAGGGGAGUCAGAAGUUAUUCUGGUGGUCCAGUUCAGUUUACUUGAUAUUAGAUCUGUCUGAGGAGUCUGUCUCAUUCCCAAAGCAACCACACAAUGGAGGGACCUCACUGGUGGGCAGCCGUCAAAGAAUGGGGUGUCUGUAGAGUUCUCCUUUCUCCGUGUUGUUCCAGCUUAUUCCUUGUAGCUGAUCCAGCUCUUAGGGGCUGCUACAGUUCAGCGCUUCCAAGGGGCCACCCCACGGGGUCCUGCCAUUCUGUCCUCUCCUGCCCAAGUUUCUCCUGACUCCGGAGCAGAAACUCAGGGACCACACUUGGCAAUGAAUUCCUCUUUGCCACUACAAAGGGACGCAGAUGGGAAGCAAAUGAAGCUGCUGCUUGGCUUGAACUGCAUUCACACGACCAUAUAUACCAGGGUAUAGCCUUUGACCUGGGUAUGCAUGGUCAUGUGAAUGGACGUGUGUACACACACCCAUUUGUUCGGGUUUGUCAGGAGAGCUCAAAGAAAGGACCCAUCCUGCUUCCUGCUGGAGCCAUCUCCUCUCUGCUUGUACCCAUUAGCUGUGGGGCUGCCACACUUGCAAGAUGGUUCUGAGCUGGUGGGCAGCUGUGAGCAAUCUGGGUGGGGAUGAAGACCAGAAGCCAGAGAGUACCUUUUGGUUCCCUGGCAUGCUGGCAGCAGCUGCUGGCCUGUGCUGACUAGUUGCUGUCUGUGGCUGGCUUCCUGAUGAACGAAGGCCUUAUGGCAGGAUGUUGCACAAACGGAAGGCUGUUGUGCGAGCUGGCUACUUGCACUGAAUCUGGAGCUUGAGUUCCCGAUGAGCUUUACUCAACCCACAGCAUGCCUCAUUUGUUUUAAAGGGAGGUUUUGCUCAAGAGUGCCGGAACCCAGUUCCAUGAAUCCUUAUGCAAUCUUCUUGCGCUUGUGCAACUUUGCUUAGUACACAACUGCUUUGUUAGGAUGUCACCCCAUGUCCCUAGGAGAACGUUCUCCCUUGACAACACCCCUACACACACCCACACACACACCCGGAGGAGGGGUGCUCUUAAGAAGGCCCCCGGCUGGCAUGUGGAACUAGUUGCCCAGUUUCUGCACUGCAGCUUCACAGAGGGUGUGUUGCCUUCCCUUUGCAGCUUUUAGCAUGCACUUUCAUUUGCUUUCCAUUGUAGGGGAUGGGUAAGCAUCAUGCAGAGGGGAGUCAGUGACUUGGUGCAAUAUCACCCCAUUCACACAACUUUAUAUACCUGGGUACAGGCUCUGACCUGGGUAUGCAAGGGUGUGUGAAUGGGGUGACUAAUUCAGUAUUAUUUCUUAUGCCAAGUGCAUUUAUACACUGGAGGAUAAAACUGGGAAGCCGCACUUGCACGCAGCUGUUACGAGUGACCCUGGGACAUACAGCCCAUUGGGCGCUUGGUUAUUCUUUUGUUGCUCCCAGGUUUGCUUCAGUUGUACAGUUUUGUCUUAAUUCUUAGACAGCCACAGUGAGGAUGGUGAGGCUGCCCUAUUUUGCAGCUCAAGGAUAAGAAACCUUGAACCUCCUCUUGAUCUCUGGUUAUAUGUUCAGUGGGUGAAUCGGAGAAGGAAGUGAUUGGGAAGAGGGGCACAGCCCAUCUGCUAGGGCCAGAGGCUCUUGAGCCGUCUCUCUCUUUCGGCCCAGGAUUCGCGGCGGAAUAAACAUCAGGUUGUUCUCGCUGGUGGGUAGACUUCACAGUUCUCCAGACAGAAACAUGGUGACCUGUGAAUGACACACAGGAACCAGCAACGGGCUGUGGCUGAAAGACACAAAGAGAAGGUAUGGUUUGAGCUGCUGUUUCGGGAUAGUGAUCAUGAUUUGGCCACAGGAAUGAGAAGUUCUUCCCUGGCCCAUCCCUUUACUCUUUCCCUGGUUUAAUCUCCCCCGUAUUGCACUCCCCAGUUCUGGCUUGACUAGGAGAAUUUCUCAAAUUUAAUUCCAAACUUGGAAACAGAGAACUAUGGGAGGAGAGCUGAUCUUGUGGUAGCAAGCAGGAAUCGUCCCCUUUGCUAAGCAGAAUCCACCCUAGUUUGCAUUUGAAUGGGAGACUCCAUGUGUGAGCACUGUAAGAUAUUCCCUUUAAGGGAUGACGCCGCUCUGGAAAGAGCACCUGCCUGCUUGCAUGCAGAAGGUUCCAAGCUCCCUCCCUGGCAGCAUCUCCAAGAUAGAGCUGAGAGAGACUUCAGCCUGCAGCCUUGGAGAAGCCGCUGCUAGUCUGGGUAGACUAUACUGAGCUGUAUUUUCUUCUCCUGUGAGUCAAUUCCAGAUACAUAAUUUAAGGCUAUUAUUAAAACAUCCGUCCCUUUCCUGUAAUAUGAAAAAAGUCCAUGGCCCGAGUCCCGCAAUUCUGAGUUUUUAAACAAUGUCUCCAAACUUGGACCUGCCCCUGUUGCCAGCCUCACCCUUCCAAUACUUAAAAGUUCAGGAGGCCCUCGUUAUCCGCGGGGGUUCUGUUCGCACUUAUUUCCAUGGAUAACGAAACCACCAGUAAAGAGACCUUAACCCUAUGAGGACUGGGGUGGUUCAGUUCCUAAGCACACUGAAGUGUGGCGACAAUCACAAGAAAAAGCAGGGAGCAGAAAUAAGCACAGGGCCUUGCUCUCCAGCAAUGACCCCCAACUCCCAAAUCCUCUAGUUGUUGUUUUGUGCAGAAAGGAGCCACAAAAUGGUGGCAGGAAAUGAUGUCAAAAGCCAUUUCCAGCCACUCAGGAACUGUGGAUAGGUUAAAAUAGCCCUAUUUUCGCCCCGUGAAUAAAGAAACUGGGUCUUUGUGACCCAAGCAUGGAUAUGCAAAUCUGAGAAUGGAGAACCCACGAAUAAUGAGGGUCUCCUGUAUGAACACACUGUAUCCUAUUCAAUCUCUUUUAGCCACAUGCCAUUUAUAAACAAGGUUAUAGUGAACUUCUGGUAAAGAGCCUGAAAUACAGAGAUGCCUGAUUCCAUUGGCUGCCAUCCUGACUACUGCUGCACGUGCCCAAGAACGUUGCACCAGCGCAAGGAGACAGUAUAACUGUGCAAAGUCUUCAAGAUUUUUUGGAAUUGUAUUCUUAUACAAAAGUCUCCAGCAAAAUAUAUGAGGCAUGCCACAGGCUGUGCACCUUGAUGUGCAAAGCACAAACAUAUUGGCAGUAGCGCCGCACUAGUCAGGAGUGUCAGCUCCAAGCUUAGCACAAAAGGUGAGGGCAACAGCCUUGCACAAGGACAGGAUGUCUGUCAUGAUGCAUUUGUGUCCAGAGAGUACCCAAUGGUUCCACUGCCAGAUUUACAUCUGGCCCUGCCACAUCCAUUAACAAUGUGUAUCGAUAAACCACUACAAUGAUGUGCAUUAAUUGUAUGUAUGAGUGCAUUCAGUUUCUUUUUGUGUGAUGCUUUAUUAACGUGCAUGUAUGGUCUUGGACCACACAAAAUGGAGGCACAGGACCAUUUACAUGACUAUAUGUGAAAUCACUUCAUUUGCUUUUUGGUUGUGUUUUAUCGAUGCACUGCAGCGCACAUGAGCACUUCUAAAAGAGUGCUCAAAAAGCAUCUCAGUGCAGCCAUGUAUCCAGUCACAUCAAGGUGACAUUUUUGCAGUGUUAGAUCAGUGCAUGCACGAUGGUGGUGUAUUGGGGUGGGGAUCAUGAAUGGACAAAAGGAGGAACGGAAUGCCGUAGCACAGUCUGCAUAUGCAGAGCUCUCAGGAAGUCAGGGGAAAAAACCAAAUGUUCCCAGUGCCUUAUUUUCUAUUCAGAAACAAGAUCAGGUAGUUCAAGAACCCCAAAGCUUAGGGAGACAUUCAGAUUUUGGAAGCAUCCAUAAAUGGCCUUAGGCGUCGAGGUGGACCAGAGAUGUAAACCCAGCCCACCAAAGUGUAAAUAAACUUGACACACAGUCCAUCACCCAUCCCACACAUUUUCUGAUAUGCAUCACGGUUAAUAAACGCACUUCCUUGACCAAUGUACUUGUGGGCCAACUGGACACCAGCAUGGCCAAGGGUCAUGACUUCCCAGAUCCAGGCUCUGUCUGGCCCUUCUCAGCUUGGGUUUCUGGUGCUCCUUUUGGCUUUGCUGUGAUGUCUUCCAUGGCCCUUUGCCCCUGAGAGCCAGCGACCCAGCCUUCUGUUCCGUGCUCUAGAAGCUGGAAUGGAGAACUCUCUCAAGGUUCAUUUCUUUUAUGUUUGUUUUGUUCACGUGGCUUGAGUUUUCAGUCCCCCUCUCCUUCCUCAUUUUCUUAUUAUAUUUUGAAAAGUGGCAUUGUUAUGUUAUUUUAACUUUUGUUUUGCAUGUAAAUAAAACACUUAUUUUGA